CCAUAGACAAGCCGAUGAGGGCCAGAUUAGUAGUUGAGUCGGUGACGAUCAGCGAAUACCUGGUGUUGUAUGUUUUUGGUUUUUUUCCCUCUUGGGAUCGGGCAAAGAGGUUGGUGCAUGACGCUAUUUACGGCGUAGCUGCGCGCCUACCCAGUUCAGAAAUCGGAAUGUGGCGCUAUCUUCCCUUGGUCUCUUGGUGUAAGCAAGAGGUUUUGUCAUCGUUUUGGGAGUUUGGGAGAUUCGGGUGAAAGAGAGGGAAGUCGUUGAGAGCCUGGGCUAUUGGCGAGACUGUAUUAUGAGAUCUAAUUGGUUGACCAGAUGAAAUUCUUCAGCGAGAAGGAAGAAGAAGAAGAA